AUCGCUCGUUAUAUAACCUCAUUUUUCAAACGAGUUUUCCUCUACAGUCGAAUGAUGCAAUAAAUCGAAGAACGAAUUCUUCAAAAAGUUCUGUAAAAACGAAUUUUGAGGAUUAAAAUGUAGCGAAAUAAAUGUGAUGAACCGUUUGUCAGUGUUCAGUCAGUAUCAGCAAGCUCGCACGACUUUCGUUCAGACAAUAGCGGAUCUGGCGUCACGUCCACACAACGUUGAGUGUUUGGAAACAGCCGGCGUCCUCGAUCUUCUUCGUCCUUUGCUCUCUGACGUUGUACCCUCGAUUCAACAAAUGUCGGCAAUAGCGUUGGGUCGUUUGGCCAAUCACGAUGACAAAAUUGCUCAGGCCGUUGUGCGGAGAGACGUCGUACCCCAAUUGUUGAAAAACAUUGACAAACAAAACAAAUUUUACAAAAAAGCUGCGCUUUUCGUUCUCCGAGCUGUCGCCAAACACUCCCCGGAAAUGGCCACUGUAAUCGUUCACAGCGGAGGCUUAGAAGCCAUGGUUUUUUGCCUCGAGGACUUUGAAUAUGGUGUGAAAGAAGCUGCCACUUGGGCAAUCGGUUAUAUCGCAAGACACAACGCCAGCUUGGCACAAGCCACCGUCGAUGCAGGAGCAGUACCUCUGCUGGUUCUGUGUCUUCAGGAGCCUGAAUUGUGUCUCAAACAGAUAAGUGCUUCCGCUCUUUGCGACAUAAGCAAGCACAGUAUGGAAUUGGCUCAAACGGUCGUGGACGCCGGCGCGGUGCCAUUUCUCGUUAAGGCAAUUUCAAAUCCGGAUGUCAAGCUCAAGCGUCAAGUAUUUUCGGCUUUGGCAAGUUUUGCAAAGCACUCGGUCGAGCUCGCCGAGAUGAUCGUCGAGGCUGAAAUAUUCCCAGAAGUUUUGGUGCACAUGGGUCAUCCCGAUCCAAACGUGAGUAGAACGGCAGCGAUCGUGACCCGAGAAGUUUGCAAGCACACCCUCGAACUCGCCCAGUUGGUCGUCAACACCGGCGGCAUCGGUGCGCUGAUAGAAUUGAUCGAUAAUUCCAAAUCGGCGACGAGGUUGCCGGCGAUAAUGGCGAUCGGCUACAUCGCCGGCCAUUCGGAUCAACUGGCGAUAGCUGUGAUCGGCUCGAAAGCGGUUGCUCAUUUAGCGAUCGUCCUUCAAGAGGAAAGCGAGGAUCACAUCCUCGCGAUAACGGUGUGGACGCUCGGCCAGAUCGGCAAGCAUUCGGCGGAGCAUGCGAAGGCGAUUUCGGCUGCGAAUUUGCUCCCAAAAUUGUUGGAGAUGUACAAAAACGAGAAAAACACCGAAGAUUUGAGACUGAAGAGCAAAUCGGCGCUGAAACAAAUAUUGCAAAAGUCUUUGUACAUCGAAUCGAUUGAGCCACUCUUGCACGACGCUCCACCCAACAUAUUGAAAUACGUAUUGGGUCAAUUCAGCAAGAUCCUUCCGAACGACCCAAGGUCACGCCGGUUAUUCGUAACGAGCGGCGGACUAAAAAAAGUACAAGAAAUUCAGGCAGAGCCGGACUCGAAGCUCGCCGAAUACAUCAAGAUUAUAAACUGUUGUUUCCCCGAGGAAAUAGUCAGAUACUAUUCUCCCGGGUAUCCGGACAGUCUACUCGAGAAGGUGGAACAAUAUCAGCCCCGGUAUCCAUCCGACAUAGGAGUUGAUCAUCCCUCGUCAGAACAAUCUGAUUCGAGUGUUUCACUCCUCCACGAUGACGAUGAUUGAAAUAUCAUAAGAAAAAUCAUAAUUUGAAGGAAAAACUAUUAUUCGUCUCAAAAUUCAUUUAUUUUUUGUAUGCCAAUAAACUUUGCUAAAUCAUGAUAAAA